AUGAGCAUUAAAAAGCUAGACCCCGACAUAAUAACAAAACUAAGAAGCAAUUACAUCGUCAACAGUGUUGUACAGUGUGUUACGGAACUAGUUUUGAACAGUUUGGAUGCCAAAUCUAAGGCAAUAGCAAUAAGGGUGAAUCUUGUGACUUUCAGAGUACAGGUGGUUGAUAAUGGGGAGGGAAUAAGCAGGGAAAAUAUGGAUUUAAUUGGGCAAAGAUACAUGACUAGUAAAUGUUGUGGGGUUAAAGAUAAAAAGUACUAUGGUUUUAGAGGGGAAUCAAUAUCUUCGAUAUGUAGUAUGUCAAAGUUGGUAAGCAUUACUUCAAAACAAGAGUUAAAGGAGACUUAUGUAAAAACUAUAAAGCAUAAUGUUGAGAGUGGGGUUGUUUUAACCAAUGAAAGGCCUAGUCGAGGUACUACAGUUACUAUAGAAGGUUUCUUGAAUAAUUUACCUGUUCGUAGAAAAAACGUAAAACCUGAUUUAGAGUUGGAGGAGGUUAAAGUAAGCAUUACCAGUUUAAUAAUUAUAAAUCCUGGUGUUUCCUUUACACUGCGGAAUGAUAUUACAGGAGAUUUAAUAUUGAAUAGUGUAAAACACAAAGACGUGAUUCACUCUUUUUUGAGUAUUUAUAGUGAUGUUGCAGAUAAUUUGGAAGUAUUAAAAGUAAAGAAAGAUAAAAUUACAGUUGAGGGUUUAAUUCAUAAGGAGUUGUGUAAAAGUAAAAAAAUGCAGUAUAUUUACGUGAAUAAAAGGCCUGUAAUUAACACAGAGUUACAGUCAAUUAUUUGCAAUUUACUGAAAAAAAUCGAUAGGUCUAAAAAGAGCGCGGAAAGGUGGCCAAUAUUUGUGAUAAAUAUUAAAUGCCCGUACUCGGAACUGGAUAUGAUUACAAAUCAUGCCAAAACCGUGGUAGAAUUCAAAAAUUUUGAUUUGAUAAAAAAAUGCAUGGAAAAAUUGGCGAACGUUUUCCUUGGGGAAGACGAGAAAAAGGUGAAAAAUAAACCCGCUAGUCUAAAAUGCAAAAGUCAAUUCAGCAUCUCUAAUAUGCUAGGGGCUGUCAAGGGAAAGGCCUUCAAAAGGAAGGCCUACGAGAAUUUUGACUUAAAUGAUGAAAUUUUGGAGAAAUCACUUUCGGAAAAAAAUUCGGAAGAGUUUUUGGAGAAAUUUAAGACCAGAAAUAAUAAAAUUCCAAAAAAAUCGGAAGAUGUUGAUACAAAUUUAGAAGGGCCGUCUAAAGAAUUCAACGCAUUUUUGGACAAAUCAAAAACCAAGAAUAAAAAACCAAAAUUGACCAAUGAAACAGAAAACGAUUAUUUAAUAAAUUUCACAGAAGAAGACCAAAACCAAAACAAAUUAAAGCUAGCCAAAAAAACGUUUAAAAACCCUCUACCCAUCAAAAUAGACCCCCCAAAAAAUGCGGAAGACUAUCAGAACAUGACGAUGUUUUCAAAAUUCACAACUGACGAAAAUAAAGGCAAAAACCUCAUAAUGGACAUGUUUUUAAAAUCGACGCAAGUUUUUCCCAACGAAACGCAGAAUAGCGGUGAAACGAUUUUAGAAUCCAACAUUUUCAUGGAACAGACCCUGAAAACAAAAAACCGCGAGAAAAACACAACACUAUCGAUGUCUGUCAAAUUCAAGAAAAAAAGACAGUCGAAAACUGACAAAUGCAUACAAACCUCGUUUAGCAAAAAAAUGGUCUCUGAGUGCAUUCAAACGACUUUCAGUAACUUGAAUAGUAAUAAUAAUAAUGAUUUUUACAUCGAUGUUGAUAAUUACACAAUUGUUUUGCCGAAAAAUAAUUUGCCCGUACAAAAGAAUAUUAAUUUGUUCGACUUUGAUAAACUAGAACCAUUUCACUUUAAUAACAAAGAAAAGAGAAAAAAUAAGAUCGAUUUGCUUCAAAUUUGCAGAAAAGAAAAUAAAGGGGUGCCUCAAGGUGCCAAUCUUAGCCCCAUACCGAAAGUAACCAAACCUAACAUAAGUCUUAUGAAUAUAACAAAUUCAUUUUUACGAAACUAUAGAUCUGAGGAAACGCCUUUCAAUAAAAAAAUUAACGUUUUUCCAAGGUCAUUCAGUGAAGAUUACGCAUUUUCGAAUUUCGAAGAUUUUCAACCUAAAUUGUUUAGCACGCAGAAAAAUCCUUCUUUCGAUUUUGCCAAACCAUUUGUGCCGAUCUUUUGUGACCAAAAAAACGAUAUUUUUAAUACAAACCUUGAACCCUCAAUGUACUUUGAAACAUGUAAGGAGUUUAAUAAUUUUAAGCCUAAACUGUUCAGUACCCAACAAAAUACGUCUCUAUAUUUUACAAAGCCAAAAAUCAACAUUAAACCCUUCAGCAUUGAUUUGUUUACACCAACAAAUACUAAAAAUAUAAUUAAUGAAAUGAGUUACGAAUUUUUAAAUGAUACCGUAAAUAAAUUUACCAAUGAAGAACUGAUAAUAAACCGAAAAGAAGAUACAGUAGAUGAAGAAAAUUUGGAUUGGUUUAAAGAAACAAACCAAGAUGGAAAUGUUUGCUACAUCAAUAAAAGAACUGGUUUGGCAUAUGCAAAUUCCCAAAACAGAAUAGAAAACAACGUGUUUAAUAUACACCAACGACCAGAGUUUAUACCUAAAGGUCUAUCUCCAAUGUUGCUGACAAAAAAUAACGAUUUCGACAUCUCACUGAGUCAAAACUCGAAAGAAAAAUUUCAGAACGCUUUAAUAGAAAAACUCGAUGACUUAAACUUGCUUAAAUGGCAGAAUUAUCUUAAUAACUACCAGGAUCCCAAAACAUUUUUCGAUAUACUUUACCAGGAAAAAACUAAGCUUUUUGAAAGUGGUAUUCAAACAGCGAAUUUAAUACCUAAACAUUUGAAAGCAGUCAAUUUUAAAGUUUUCCAAAAAGAUGUUUUCAAAAAUUUGACCGUCAUAGGUCAAAUCGAUAAAAAAUUCAUCGCCACUUUGGAUAAUAAGGAUAAAUUAUUGAUUAUCUUCGACCAACACGCGGUACAUGAAAGAAUACGUCUAGAAAAUUUGCAAAAAGAAUACUCUGGUUCCAAAGUAGAUUGCCCUCAAACAACAUUAUUCGUCAGAAAGUUGGACAUAAAAAUAUUAAAGGAAAAUGAAGAAUAUUUAAAUUAUAUAGGAAUUACAGUUGCAUUUUUGUCUAGCUGUAUAAAUGUAACACAAAUUCCCUUGUGCUUACAUACAAAAAUUCAAAAUGAAAAAAACAAAAAUUCCCACAACAAAUACAUAACACUUCUAAUUCAAGAACUAAUUGAGACUUUCAAGGAAAGUAAAGGUGUGGCGCCUACAAUGCCUGUAUUUCUACAAAACAUAGUCAACAUGGAGGCGUGCAGAGGCGCCAUUAAAUUUGGCGACCACCUGUUUACCGAAGAAUGUCAAAAAUUAAUUUUGGAUUUGGCAAACUGCGAUUUACCCUUUCAGUGCGCCCAUGGACGGCCCACUUUGACCCCCCUAAUUAAUUUAUUUAAGCCUAGUUAUACGAAGAAAGUCAUUACGUUGUCCAAGUUAAGAAAAAAAUAUUAAAUAUGUAUUUUUUGUUUAAUACAAGUUUGC